AUGGCUAUGCCCUACCCCUUCACCAGCCUCCUCCUUCUCCUUGUUGUGCCCCUUUCCCAGGCUGCAAACCAGUCCCCACUGCCCCUUGGCUCCCUGCCUGCCGUCCCCACCCUGCCCCUCCUGCAGGCCCUGCAAACGCGGGCUCCAGGCAGCCCAGGCUGGCAGGCGAGGCCAGCCAGUGGGCAGCCCCUGCGCUACAUGCUGAAUCUGUACCGCCGUGCUGCUGACCGCGAAGGCCGACCCCGCCGCAGCCGCAACCUAGGCACCAACACCAUCCGCCUGGUGCAGGCCAGUUCCCAUGGGGGUCAGCCCUGGGCAGGUCGCUGGUACUUGCAGGCCCUCACCUACCACAUGGAGGGCCAGCCAGAGGUCGAGCACCUCCUCAGAGCUACUGUGGUCUACCUGCCCAGUCUGUCACUAGCCCACGGUCGCCUUCUCUGCGCUCUGGAGCUGGUGAUGGCUGGUGAGGCACCCAGGGUGCUGCUCAGCCCUACUGCCCGUCCCCGCCAUGGCUGGGCUGAAGUUGACGUCACCCCUUACUUGGUGCUGGGGAACAGCAGUGUGGGGAGCCUGGCAUUGCGGCACGUCUGUGUGCGUGCUGGCCGAGCAGGAGGCCACGAUGCCCCCGUGGCCCCUGGCCACCCUUUCCUCCUUCUCUACCUUAACGAUACCCAGGCAGGCUUGGCGCCUCUGGCAGCAGAGCCCGACCGACAUCGACGUGAUACAGGGACAUUGGCUCGUGACCUGCCCAAGUACCUGCAGGAGCAGGGAGGGGAGAAGAGUGACUGUUCCCUCCGCCCCUUCCCUGUCAGUUUUGCACAGCUGGGCUGGGACCACUGGAUCAUCGCUCCUCACCGCUACAACCCACGCUACUGCAAGGGCACCUGUCCCCACCUGCUCCGCUAUGACUUCCACGCACCCAACCAUGCUGUGGUGCAGAGUUUUGUUCAUCAGCUUGUGGAUGCCAAUGUGCCCCGGCCCUCCUGUGUACCCUAUCGCUACAGCCCCAUCAGUGUCCUCAUGAUUGAGCGCAAUGGAGGCAUACUGUACAAGGAGUACGAGAACAUGAUUGCAGAGUCCUGCACUUGCCGGUAA